CGCUCUACCCCCCGUGCCUGCACUGCACGCCUCCCAUCCCUGCCCUUCCGUCGCCUUUCGCCGCCGUCUUUUGCUCUAACCCUUCGCCUUCCGAUCCCCUUUCCCACUUCUAUUACCAUCAUCCCAUAACCCUCGCCCAAAGUCCGCUGAUUCUUGAUUGCUUUCGAGUUCUCGCCUGGUUCUUGGCAAGGCCAACAAGGCUGGUGAUUUCCUGCGCAUCUCCGAUAUCUCCCCGUCAAAACUGUAAAUUUUCCGCCGCCAGGAACCUCCAUUCCUGCGCCAUUCUUAAAUUUGGCAUAGCGAAGUCGUUCUUUCGAGGGUUGAAAUCCUUGCGGCUUUCUCGAGCACGCGCGGCCAAGCCGGGGUUGAAGAAUCAUCGCAGAUUGGUAGUAGAGAGGGACUCCGCAGCCAGCCCAAGGUAUGAUUCAGCUGCUGUUCCUCGUGCUGUUCGCGGAGGGCGCGGUGGCGCUGCUUCUCAUGGUGAAGGUCGGGCCGCUGAGGGAGCUGGCCAUGCGCGGCGUGGACCAGGUGAAGACGGGCAAGGGCCCGGCCACCGUAAAGACCCUGGCGUGCACGCUCACCGUGAUCCUCAUGUCCGACGUUGCCAGCAUCCUCAAGAUCCAGAACAGGGGGCUCAAGGUCGGCACCGUCAGCCCCAUGGACCAGGUGCUCUGGAGGACGCACCUCCUCGAGGCAUCCCUCAUUGGAUACACUCUAUUCCUUGCAUUUGUAAUCGACCGGCUGCACCACUACCUGCGAAAGCUCAUGACACUGCGGAAAACAUCCAGCACAUCCAGGGAGGAGGUCGAGAAACUUCAGAUGGAGAACCGAUCCCUCCGUGAGAAGGAUGAGAAAUCCUCCAGCGAAAUGAAGAAGCUACAGCGGGAGAUUGCAAAGCUGAACGAGAGCAUGAAGAAGCUGAAAUGCGAAACCGAAGAACACGAGAGGAAGGCAUCGGCAGCAGAGGCCCAUGUGAACGCGCUGCAGAAGCAGUCGGAGGAGCUGCUACUGGAGUACGACCGGUUGCUGGAAGACAACCAGAUCCUACAGACUCAGCUCCUUAGCAGAGGCUGAGCUAUAAGCUGGUCCAUGCAGCUUCAAUUGUUCAUUAGCAAGACUCUUACCAGAUGGCAUCAGAGAGCCAAGGACUUGCCCUGUUUCGAAUGAGGAAUGAUGUGAUUCUUGGCGUCCAUGCUGUUCCUAACUUAUGAUCUUGUUGGUGUACGGAUGCAGUGUGUAUUAGUUGAUGGGAUAAAGCAUGGGAAAUUCAGUAGCAGGUGGAUCCAGAAUGUGGUUGGAAAAUAUUGAACUGGCACAUGUGUCGGACCCCAUGCCAUGCAGAUGCACAUGCACCAAGCUGUGAUUUGUGGGCGAAGCCAUGGAUGGUUGAUGGAAAUGGAAUCCUGGAGAAGAAACGCU